UGGCGAGGAGUGGCAGGUUAGGCUGUGAUGGCUGAGGUGAGGGGCAGUUUCCCAGUCAGGGAGGGGGGUGGGGAGUAAGAGAAGCGCCCCAGAGAGAUUCUACACCCCCCCGGACACUUUGGUGGGUCCGAAAGAAGGAGGCCGCCCCUCCCCGCCCCAAAACUGCCCUCGUAGGAGCAUCCUCCCCCCAUUCCUGGGCGGGAGACCCUCCCCCAGCCCUUGGCGCCCCCUCCCCCAGCCCCCAAGUAGGCCCCCUAAAUACCCCUCCCCGUUUCACAGUAGGAAUUCUAAGUUGUCCCCCCACCCCCGUUCCCAUAUUGAAUUUUUGGGUCACCCCCCCAUUGCAACUCUCCCACCAUUUCUCACUUAGAAGCCCCCCCCCCAAUUUCACUUCACCCCUUUCAUGCCCCCAAAUUCUACCCAUCUCCUUUAUACUGAGUUUCUGGGGUUGUGUAUUAUCAUUGCCAUUAUCCUUCUUCUUGACUUUCCGGCAGCGUUUCCCCCAAGGGGCCCUCUGCCCUCCCUCCAAAUUGCCCGCAGCGACAUCUGCUUUGUGGAGUUGGGAUCCCCUUAAAAACUCCCCACCGAAACCACUCACAUUUCUUCUUCAAAAGGAUGCCUUGAGACAGAAAACUCCAUCCUCCCGUCCCACCCCUGGUUGGAGUUUGAGGAAACUCGUGUCUUUACAGACUCUUCUCUCUCAAAAGAACAUUGCAAAACCUUACCUGCCCGCUUUUGCAACAGUGCGAAACCUUACUUGCAAAACCUUACUAAGCCCAGCCAAGGCUCAGCUUUUGCCCAUCCACUAUCCCCAAAUCACCUCUUCUGGUCGCUAGGGACAUCUCCCCAUUUUUGAAGGCUGAACACAGCUGUUGGUUCAUAGCAAGAGCGGCCCAGCAGGUGCUUUGGUGGUUUCUCCCCCAAAGAUUUAUUUACAUUUCCUCUUCCCCUGCCAUUUUGAAAGGAGAGGUGUCCUUAUUUCCAUUUAUCCUUUAACACCCCUACACACUUUCCUUUGACAGAGGAGAUAAGCACCGAGGGGCACAGACAAGUCCUAGAGACUUGUUAGAUGUCCUGCUGACCCCUUAGCUUUUUCCUCCCGCCCCACAACACCCCAGAAAAGCCAGGAAGGGUGAAGUUGUUCUCUGAGGUUUCUCUCAUUUGACCCCUCAGUGUUUGCAUCUUGCAUCUGAGUAGAGGGGUCCGUCUCCCCCUCAAGCAGUCCUCCCAUUGUUGGGAACGUUUCCCUGAAGUUAGGAGGGAACGAUUGCACCCUUUGGGAGCUGGGGUGGCUCCCCAGGGCUUUCGUAAUGGCUGGUGCCAUUGCAUCGCGCAUGAGUUUCAGCUCACUGAAGAGAAAGCAGCCCAAGACCUUCACAGUGCGGAUUAUCACCAUGGAUGCUGAGAUGGAGUUCAACUGCGAGGUCAAGUGGAAAGGAAAGGACCUGUUUGACCUGGUGUGCAGGACACUGGGACUCCGCGAAACGUGGUUCUUUGGCCUGCAAUACAUGAUCAAAGACACAAUGGCGUGGCUCAAGAUGGAUAAGAAGGUCCUGGACCACGAUGUUCCAAAGGAGGAGCCGGUCACUUUUCACUUCCUGGCCAAGUUUUACCCAGAGAACGCAGAGGACGAGCUCGUUCAGGACAUCACUCAGCACCUAUUUUUCCUUCAAGUGAAGAAGCAGAUAUUGGAUGAGAAGAUUUCCUGUCCCCCAGAGGCAUCUGUUCUCCUUGCCUCUUACGCAGUCCAAGCCAAGUACGGUGACUACGACCCCACAGUUCACAAGCGUGGCUUCUUGGCCCAAGAAGAGUUGCUUCCAAAGCGGGUGAUAAACUUAUACCAGAUGACCCCGGAAAUGUGGGAAGAAAGAAUAACAGCUUGGUAUGGCCAACAUCGAGGCAGAGCCAGGGAUGAAGCUGAAAUGGAGUACCUGAAGAUUGCCCAGGACCUCGAGAUGUACGGCGUGAACUACUUUGCAAUCCGGAAUAAGAAAGGAACAGAGCUGCUGCUGGGCGUGGAUGCCUUGGGCCUGCACAUAUAUGAUAUGGAAAACAGGCUGACCCCCAAAAUUUCAUUUCCGUGGAAUGAGAUUCGGAACGUCUCUUACAGCGAUAAGGAGUUUACGAUAAAGCCUCUGGACAAAAAGAUCGACGUCUUCAAAUUCAACUCUUCAAAGCUGCGUGUGAAUAAGCUGAUCCUGCAGCUGUGCAUUGGAAACCACGACCUGUUCAUGAGGAGGAGGAAAGCAGACUCCCUGGAAGUCCAGCAGAUGAAAGCCCAGGCCCGGGAGGAGAAGGCCAGGAAACAGAUGGAACGCCAGCGUUUAGCUCGAGAGAAGCAGAUGCGAGAAGAGGCAGAGCGGACGAGGGACGAGUUGGAGAGGAGGCUGCUGCAGUUGAAAGAUGAGGCAACGAUGGCUAAUGAAGCCUUGAUGAGAUCCGAAGAGACGGCCGACUUGCUGGCCGAGAAAGCUCAGAUCACGGAAGAGGAAGCGAAGCUCCUGGCUCAGAAAGCCGCCGAGGCAGAGCAGGAGAUGCAGCGGAUCAAAGCCACGGCCAUCCGGACCGAGGAGGAGAAACGGCUGAUGGAGCAGAAGGUGCUGGAGGCAGAGAUGCUGGCGCUGAAGAUGGCGGAAGAGUCGGAGCGAAGGGCGAAGGAGGCCGAUCAGCUCAAGCAGGACCUCCAGGAAGCUCGAGACUCUGAGCGAAGAGCCAAGCAGAAGCUAUUGGAAAUAACCAGCAAGUCGUCUUACACACAGCCGAUGAACUCAGGCUCAACGGCGCUCCCUGCUGACAUGCCAACCUUCAACCUCAUCAGCGAAAGCCUCUCCUUUGACUUCAAGGAUACUGACAUGAAGAGGUUGUCCAUGGAGAUAGAGAAAGAGAAGGUGGAGUACAUGGAGAAAAGCAAGCACCUCCAGGAGCAGCUGAACGAGCUGAAGACGGAGAUCGAGGCUCUGAAGCUGAAGGAGAGGGAGACGGCGAUGGACAUCUUGCACAGCGAGAACAACGAGCGGGGCAGCAGCAAGCACAACACCAUCAAGAAGCCUCAAGCCCAGGGCAGAAGACCUAUCUGCAUUUGAGACCUUCCAACUCACCUUGCAGAGCACAAAGUCCCGUGUGGCCUUCUUCGAGGAGCUCUAGUAAGCGAGCCGGUUCUUUGCUCCUGAGCCAGCGCCCGACUGAUGCGGACCCUCCGUUUGAGGACUCAGCCAUAGCCGGCCACGAAUCCCUCCUUCCCGGCUGCCCCCUGAACUGUGACCCCCUCUUCACGCGUUUUCGAAGAGUUUGACGUGACGCUCCCCUGCUUCGUACUUUGUAGUUUUUUUGGUUUUUAAUAAUCUUUGUAUAACACACGACUGUGAUAUACCAUUUAGCUUCUUCUUCCUUUUUUAAAAAAAGUGUUUGUAUUGAU